AUGGAUGAUGGAGACAAGGAGUCAGUCUGUUCCCAGUAUUCCCGCGGCGUCUUCGCCAUCUUCGGCCUGUACGACAAGCGCUCGGUCAACACCCUGACGUCCUUCUGCAGCGCGCUGCACAUCUCCCUGAUCACGCCCAGCUUCCCCACCGAGGGCGAAGCCCAGUUCACCCUGCAGCUCCGCCCUUCCAUCCGCGGGGCCCUGUUGUCCCUGCUCGACCACUACGACUGGAAUCGCUUCGUCUUCCUCUACGACACCGACAGGGGUUACGCCAUCCUGCAGGCCAUCAUGGAACGAGCAGGGCAGAAUGGCUGGCAGGUGAGCGCCAUCUGUGUGGAGAGCUUUAACGAGGCGGCAUACCGUCGUCUGCUGGAGGACCUGGACCGCCGGCAGGAGAGGAAGUAUGUCAUCGACCUGGAGCCGGAGAGACUGCAGAGCAUUCUAGAACAGGCGGUCAGUGUGGGUAAACACGUCAAAGGCUACCACUACAUCCUAGCCAACCUGGGGUUUAAGGACAUCUCCCUGGAGAGGUUCAUGCAUGGCGGGGCCAAUGUGACUGGCUUCCAGCUGGUGGACUUCAGCAAGGCCAUCGUCAUCAAGCUGAUGACACGCUGGAACAAGCUGGACCAGAGAGAGUACCCAGGCUCGGACAGUCCACCCAAGUACACCUCCUCGCUGACGUAUGACGGCGUGCUGGUGAUGGCGGAGGCGUUCCGGAACCUUAGGCGCCAGAAGAUCGACAUCUCGCGUCGGGGAAACGCCGGCGACUGUCUGGCCAAUCCAGCUGCUCCCUGGCACCAGGGCAUCGACAUGGAACGCACUCUCAAACAGGUUCGUAUCCAGGGACUAACAGGAAACGUCCAGUUUGACCACUAUGGUCGACGAGUCAACUACACUAUGGAUGUGUUUGAACUGAAGAGCAAUGGACCACGCAAGAUUGGCUACUGGAACGAUAUCGACAAGCUGGUAUUGGUCCAGAAUGAGCCGCUGCUGUCCAAUGAAAGCACACCGAUGGAGAACAGGACAGUUGUUGUGACUACCAUCAUGGAGGGCCCCUACGUGAUGCUGAAGAAGAACUGGGAGUUGUACGAGGGGAACGAACAGUUCGAAGGCUACUGUGUGGACCUGGCCUCAGAGAUUGCCAAGCACAUCGGCAUCAAGUACAAGAUCUCCAUCGUCCCCGAUGGGAAGUACGGAGCCCGCGACCCUGAGACCAAGAUCUGGAACGGCAUGGUGGGGGAGCUGGUGUACGGGAAAGCCGAGAUAGCGGUGGCCCCGCUCACCAUCACCCUGGUGAGGGAGGAGGUGAUCGACUUCUCCAAGCCCUUCAUGAGUCUGGGCAUCUCCAUCAUGAUCAAGAAGCCCCAGAAGUCCAAACCCGGAGUGUUCUCCUUCCUAGACCCACUGGCCUACGAGAUCUGGAUGUGCAUCGUGUUCGCCUACAUCGGGGUCAGCGUGGUGCUGUUUCUGGUGAGUCGUUUCAGCCCGUACGAGUGGCACGCAGAGGAACCAGAGGAGGGGGCCACUGAGCCCAGCCCCACAGACCAGCCCCCCAACGAGUUUGGCAUCUUCAACUCCCUCUGGUUCUCCUUGGGAGCCUUCAUGCAGCAGGGCUGUGACAUCUCGCCACGGUCGUUGUCGGGGCGUAUCGUGGGGGGGGUGUGGUGGUUCUUCACCCUGAUUAUCAUCUCGUCCUACACGGCCAACCUGGCUGCCUUCCUGACGGUGGAGAGGAUGGUGUCCCCCAUCGAGAGCGCCGAGGACCUGGCCAAGCAGACGGAGAUCGCCUACGGCACCCUGGACUCAGGAUCCACCAAGGAGUUCUUCAGGCGCUCUAAGAUCGCCGUUUACGAGAAGAUGUGGUCCUACAUGAAGUCGGCCGAGCCCACCGUCUUCACCAAGCGCACGUCGGAGGGCGUGGCUCGCGUCAGGAAGUCCAAGGGGAAGUACGCCUUCCUGCUGGAGUCCACCAUGAACGAGUACACGGAGCAGCGCAAGCCCUGCGACACCAUGAAAGUCGGGGGCAACCUGGACUCCAAGGGCUACGGCAUAGCCACGCCCAAGGGCUCACAGCUAAGAAAUGCGGUCAACCUGGCCGUGUUAAAACUCAACGAGCAGGGCCUGUUGGACAAAUUGAAAAAUAAAUGGUGGUACGACAAGGGAGAGUGUGGCAGCGGGGGAGGGGACUCCAAGGACAAGUCUUCCCAGGCACUGAGCCUGAGCAACGUAGCUGGGGUGUUCUACAUCCUGGUGGGGGGUCUGGGCCUGGCCAUGCUGGUAGCCCUGGUGGAGUUCUGCUACAAGUCACGGGCUGAAGCCAAGCGCAUGAAGCUGUCCUUCUCAGAAGCCAUGCGGAACAAGGCCCGUCUGUCGAUCACAGGGAGCAUGGGGGAGAACGGCCGUGUGUUGAGCCCCGACUGCCCCAAGGCUGUUCACGCUGGCCACGCCCUCAGACACCAGGGGCUCGCCAUGAUCUCCUCGGGCCUACCCUGAAAACCAAAAACACACGCUGUGCCUUAUCACACACACACACACAGACACACACACAUCCAGCUUCAUGAUCACCCCCCCCCCCACACACACACACACACACCUUUCGCCCAGCCUGAUACCACUGACAUACAUCUGAAAACAGGAAGAACGGAGGAAGGAGGGACAAAAUGAAGAAUGAAAAUGACCAUGAGAUCACACAUCCAGUUCAUUUGAUCUUCAAGUAACAGCUCUGUAAACAUGAACAGAACUAUACUACACUAGGAAACAUAUGGUGAAGCAGCACAGUGACUAGAACUGACAUGUGAAAAUGAAGAUGAUGAUGACGGUGAAGAAUUUCGACGCUGUAGUCAGUAGAACGAUGAAACAACAAGCUCGAUUGGCCGUGUUGGCGGUCGAGUCGCUCUGACGCCUUAUCAGUCACUGACGCUUUAAGACAAACCCAAUCAUUAUCAUUUACAUCAUCAUCAUCACCUUCGUCUACUCUUCAUCAUCAUCAUUCUCAAGCUGCGAAGAAAAAAUGCACCAGGAAAAUCACCUAGAAGACCAGAAAACUGUAAACUUGAAACUCGGACUGUGCAAAACUUGCUACUUUGCCAUGAACUGUUUGUGACAAAAACACACGCUUUCUUACGCCAACGUAGGUUGUCCUCAUGUAUAAUGCGACUAAGUUCAGAGCGCAGUCGGUGCCUGUAGAAGAUGGCAUCUGAACGCGGCACCGUGGAGCUCACAUGGGUUUGUAUAAAUAAAGAGUAGUUAAAAAAAUCCAUAAUUGUCAUCACAGUAACACUAAAUAACAAACAGACGAUCACUUUUCAGCGAGAGGAGAAAAGGCUGAAGUUGUACAUUCUGUGAUAACUGUAGAAAAAUCAUGGUAUGAAUCUCAAAUGACCACUUAUUCACUAUGACGCUAGCCUGUUUUGUUUGAGGUUAGGCUAAGCACGGUUAGCUUCACCGGACUAUCGGAGAACAGUGUUGGGGCACCUGACCAUGGAGAACAGAUGGUCAUUUGAAACUGAACUGUGCUCUUUCCCAGUGAGAAGGAGGGAAAGAUGCUGUAUCAGAAGCUUGCUUUUUAAAAUUGUUGUAAAUUACUGCGUAGUAGCAAAACUGAACUCACCUCUCUUUUUUAACCAUCUUAGAUGAUUCAUUGCAAUAAUGGAUAAGAAAAUUACACUUGUAAUUAAGAAGAAAACUUUUUAUAAAACUACAUAUUAUAUAUAAUACAAAUGAAUAUAUAUCUGUACAUCUAUAGAGAUAUAUAGAAAAGAACAAUGUUCACAGUUGAGAGAGACCAUGGCAUAUGUUCUGUUAAAAGGCUGUUUUGAUAUUGCCA